CAACUUCCAACCACUCCGGCGCGCGGCGUCAGAGCUUCGACCAGCCGCUCAGUUUACUCAAACGCUCAGUGUACGCGCAGUUGCGACUUGACUCGGUUGUGGAAGUUGCUUAAUCAACUUUUAUCGUAACUUAUCCACAGCAAAUCGUUUCAAAUGCUUGGAAAACGCGACUACGCUUGGAUUUUUGAACCGCGUGUAAAUUCAGUGUGAUUUUCGUGUGAUUUUUGGAGUAAACACGGUCUGGGAGCACGCGAAGAAAGGUUGUUGUCCAUUGGUCACCGGCCCGACCAUGAAGUACAAUACCUUAAGCACCAGCAGCCUCUCGAGCGAAGGAAGAAAGUCGACGCUGACUUUGUACACGGAUCCGGACUUUUUGACUGAUAAAGUCUCCUCGUCCGAGUCGGAGAUUUCGUCCGUGCGCAGCGAGCUGGAGAUUGUCCAGCGUGCGCUGAGUUUGCAAACGCGUCGAUGUAGACAAUUGGUCGCAGAAUACACUCGGAGAUUGCAGGAGAAAGAGGCCCAGUAUCAAUCCGAGAAACUUUUGAGGGAGGAUCAACUUGCGAAGGUGCUUAGGGCGCUGUUAAUCUUCGAAGCACGUUUGAAGCAAGAACAGAAGUAUAUCAGUCAUCAACUUGCUGAGAAAGAUAAAAUCAUUACUAAACAAAGGGAACACAUUCAUAAUUUGUCCAAUAAUGUUUCCAGUACUUAUUGUAAACAUUGCACGUAUUAUGGGCAAAAGUUGGAGUCGUUGGGCAGUAGUUCCGAAUACGUAGUAACAGACUAUCAGGAUUCUAACAUAUCAAACGUAGAAAGUCUAGAUAGCAGUUCUGAGACCUAUGCUACGAUUUCCAAUGAUUCCAAGGAUGGAUCUUCACCCAAAUCACUCGAGGACAAAGAUCCUACUGGAAUCAAAGAGCAGAAGUUUCAGAAAAACAAAUCUAAAGAUGGUCCCAGGCGAGGAAAACGUGUGGGACAUAGAAAAUCCAUCGGAGAUUAUUACGAAGUGCUUAAAAUGAGGAAUGAACAGAUAAGUCCUUCUUCGGAUAACACCAGUAAUGAUUACGAACACAUUGAUACCCAAGGUCCAGUGGAAUCAUCAGUCCAUUCUCAGAUUUCUGAAGUAUCCAAUCGCAUCGAGUCUAUCUUCCAGACGAACAUGACCUUGACCGAAGAUAAUUUAGACAAACACGAUCAACUGAUCAAUGACAGAGACUCUCCUGAAGAGGAUCCCAAUGAACGUACUCUAGUGAAUGAUGAUGAGGAGGUGAAAGAAAUUGAAUCCGAAGAGGCUGAAGAGGAUAAAAACGUUCAACAACAGAGUAAAAUCAAUGAGACCAUAAACGUGUUUGAAGAUGAAAGCAAUGAAACCAAUAACUGGUAUGCAUCUGCGAGUGAUCCUGAAGAUGAUGACAUCCGCCGUGGUAACCCAAAUUUCCUUGAGUGUAUGAAUCAGAUUCUCCUACAGAAUAUCCAGGAUAAUAUCAAUUCUCCACCGAAAACGCCGACUUUAGAACGUAAGUCACAGAAACGUGUCAAGUUUAGUGAUGAAGAGGACCUCAAAGAAAACCUUGUCCAACCUCCGCCUUCGCCUUAUAAGGAUGCCAACACUUGUCAACAAUUGAACGCCGUAAACAUCAGUCAUAAAAUGGCUGAUUAUUAUGAGACGCCUAUUCAGAAGACCAACUUCUACGAAACUCCACAGAGUAUCUACAGUAACGAUUACGAGCAGAUCCUGAGCAAAAGCAGCGAGAAAUCUUUGAUUCUAAAAUCACCCCAGGAUGAAAGUCACUAUUAUGUUGAUAUGGAUACGUCUAGUCUAAACGGUACGAACAGCGUGAAGAGUCUGGUUGAUGAUGGUAUCAUUCGGAAGAGUAAAAUCAUGAGGACACCACCAGCACUUCCUCCGAAACCUGCCAAUUUACUGUCCAAAUACAAAAUUCAGAGUCCCACGAAACUUUCGGCACCAAGUAUUGAUUCCGAACCGGAUUAUUGUUCUAUAUCUGAACUGAACCUGCCCCAAAUGGGGCAAGUAGCUCCAACAGCGAAGAAAUUGAAUGUGGUUGCAGAGAUUAAUGUGACCCAUGUCCCACAUGAUCCGGAUAGUGUAAUACUGCAUUCUCCGAAAAUUCUAACACCUCCCGUACAAUCACAUUAUGAUUUAGAUAAAGAUGAUCUUAUUGUUGCGUCUAAAGCUGUAGAAAAGGUUACAAUCCAGAUGGCGAAAACAUCUCCGACGAAAUCUAAACCUCCAAAGUUUGAAAAGAUUGAGAAAGUGGAAGUGACACCAACACCUCAGAAACACGAACCGGAGAUUCCGAAACUUCCACAGGUCUCAGAAAUACUGAUACCUGAAGAGGAUGUGAAUCCUUUACAAUCUCCCAAAAAGGAUGAGCGUAUGAUCAGCCAUGACAAUUACAUCAAAAUCAAUUCCCAAAUUUUUAAACACAAAAUAAGUCCGAAGGUGGAUUCCAGAAGACCCAUUUUGAUUGGUUCCUCUGUGUCUAGUUUAAUCACCACGUUUAACAAUCAACAACUCCUUGCUGAAAUGUCUCCUACUAAGUCCCCACCACGUGGUAAACUGAAUAAGAAGUUGUUUUCUAGUUUUGAGAAUCUGCAAAAUUUAGAAAGGCACGAAAUGCACGCGCAGGACAAGAGUCCCGAGAUGGUCCCGAGUUUUGAGUUUGAUCUGAGUCAAAAUUUCGAGGAGUUUAAGCUGGACGAGUGCGAUAUGGACGAAUACGAUGAGUUAAACCACGAGGAGGAGAACAUGAAACAUUCACUGGAGUCAAAUCAUUCUGAUCAUAACUCAAGUCCUUCCAGUAUGGACUUUCCAAAGUUGAAUACGCAAACUAUAGAAAUUCUGAAUCAAUGCAUCGAGAACGAGAAUGAAAGAAAGUCAGAGAAGGAAAACAACGAAAAUGAGAAUCAUGGAAUCAAUCGGAGGAAAAUGGGUGAACCAACUUACGAACAUUUCCUGGAGUGUACAGGACUGAGUUCGAAAAGUAUCCUGACACCUGCGCGCAUGCUCAGUAAUCACAAAAGCAUUUUAAAGCCCAGGGACGUAAAGUAUAGAUCUAAUACAAAACAUGGAAGUACGAUUAAGUACUGGUCUGAACCGUACGUGUAAUAAAAGUAUGAGUACGAGUUUAACAUUUGGUUUGAAUAGAUUAUUGCCAUAUUAACCAUUAUUACAAUAAUAAAUGUGUAUAUCGUAUUUAUGUAUGUUUGUAUGUACAAGAUGUUAUAACAAUUUAAAUAAAUAUUUAUUUAUGCAUA